CGGCCACGGUCCAGGCGCAAACAUGCUCCAGGCCCCCAGCGAGCUGGAGUUCUCGAGCGACAGAACUUCGGAGGGGAUCUCCCACCUCGCUUCCCUGGCGCUGUCGGCGGACUCCUCGCCCAGCGAAAAAAGCUCUCCUGGCUUACCCGAAAAAACGGGCUAUCCCGACUCCGUUUACGUUAUGGCCGCAAACAUUUUCCAGGGAAUUCGAUUCGAAAAGUCCCCGGAGCAAGUCUUAAUAAAGUACGGGAAUGAACCCUUGCGGUCCUUGCCGGAGUCAGAGGAUGAAGCCUUUCAGCGGUCGUCCUAUGAGCUGGCUUUCAGUGCCCUGAAGUUUCAAGAUAUUUUGGAAACUAUGUUAAUAGACAGCUAUAUCUUCCCAAGUACCACAAUACCAGAUCAUUUGAGCAGUCUUAUUAUUGUGAUGCUGUAUGAUUUCCAAGAUAGAAAAUUUCAAGCUCGUCUUUUUUCUGAUAAUGAAGAGCCCAUAGCAGAAGUUCAAGAAGUAGAGAACCUUCUUAACAGUUUUAAGACGAAAUUGGCUGCAGCUUUGGCAAGAUGCCGAAUCAAACAUGAUGCCCUUUCAAUAUACCAUAUUCUUCCAGAAACUGUUAGGAACCAGGAACUAAGGGCCUCUACUUUGCCACUUUAUGCUUGGAUAAAUACUUGUAAAAUCAGUCCUGAAGACGUUUAUUAUAGUUUGAAGAAAAAAGGCUAUAACAAAGUCAACUCUGUAUUGCAUAUUGAUGAGAAAGUCUUUGCUGUGGACCAACAUUGCUAUGAUGUCUUAAUUUUUCCAUCUCAUCUCAAAAAUGAUCUUCUAAAUAUAGAUCUUUUCAAAGAUUAUAAACUUAUAUUUCAGGACAAAUCUCGAAGUCUCGCUGUCCAUUCUGUAAGGGCUUUAUUAAAUAUGGAUGAUGAUAUCUUAAUGGUUAAUACAGGUUCAUGGUACACAGUUGCCCAUAUGUCAGUCUUAACAAAUAAUAACACCUCAAAAAUAUUUGUGUGUGGAGUAAAAUCACAAGCUAAGGAUCCUGACCUGAAGAACCUUUUUACAAAAAUGGGAUGUAAAAAUAUUGAAAUACUUCAUGAGACAUUUCUUAAUAUUGAAUCAAAGGAUCAUAGAUUACAGAAAGUUAAAGUGAUUCUGCUGCUACCUCGUUGUUCAGGACUGGGUGUUAGUAAUCCAGUGGAAUUUAUACUAAAUGAACAUGAAGAUACAGGUUUACUUAAAGAUUUCUCUCAAGGAGGCACAUCAGAAGAUAAACUUCACAUUCUUGCUCAACAGCAAUACGAACAGCUCACUCAUGCAAUGAAAUUUACUAAGGCUCAAGCAGUCGUUUAUUGCACAUGUUCAGUCUACCCAGAAGAAAAUGAAGCUGUCGUGAAGAAAGCACUAGAAUUUCAAGACCUUGGGAUUAAAGUACAGCCUUACAGGCUUAGUCCUCCUGUCCUUCCACUGUGCUCCUUAAAGGAAAUACAACUGUCUACUGAUAAAUUUUUCAGAAUGGAACCAUCUGGAAUUACCAAUGGUUGUUUUCUUUCUGUUCUAACAAGGGAGCGGGACCCAUCUGAGACAGUGUCUGUGAAAGACGUUUUGGCCCGUGCUGCAGCAAAGGGUCUGCUGGAUGGAAUUGAGUUGGGUAAAUCUUCAAAACGGGAGAAGAAGAAGAAAAAAUCAAAAAUAUCACUGCCGAAAGCUCCCACCAAUGAUAAUAACAGCCUCCAAAUGAAAAUCACUGAGUUCCUGAAUCGAGAAACUAAUGUAAAUGCUAAUCGGUCAGAGAUAUUAACAACAAAAACAUCUCUUCCACAGAAAAACGCAACUUCAGCUGCCUCCUCCUUGCGGGUCAGAAAGCCCAGCAAGCCUGCCACCAACCCCUUAGUGCCUACGUUUAUGAGGAACCCAGCUCACCCCAGACCCCACGAACGGCAGACAAACUUCCUAAGACCUCGCCCAGAAGACAGAGUGAUUACACUGAAACCUAUAGAGAUUGUUUUGCCUCCAGUAAUGUUGCCAUUUUCAAGUCCCCAGGGGAUCAAAUCUCAGAUACCAACUCAACAUUUUUACUAUCAUUGGGUUGCACCCAAGACUGGUUACUUUCCCUCACCAGCAAUAACCAGAAGAGGGGAAAAGCCUAAAGAAAACUCACCUUCCUCCCUACUCAGGCAUCCUCGACCAUGGCUUUGACUGUCUGGAUUUUUUUUCAGGGGUCAAGAGCAGUUGAUUUUUCUUUUUUUUUUUUUUUUUUGGAAGUCUGAUAUUUCUCUGAAGGUUAGAUAACCCUACACAAGAUACUCACCCUUUGGGUCACUUAGUGUCUUCUACAUGUGAUAUUACCUUCAAGAGAAUGAAGACAAGUAAGAAACAAUAAUGUAGGCGAUUCAACAAAAAGUCGAAGUCCUGUAUUUCAACAGCUCAGUGCUGAUCUGUUCUAGAACGUCUGGCUGCAGACCCAGGACCAGCUGUUAGAACUUGUCUCCCUCUUGCUAACUUUCAGUUUGGACUCGGGACACCGUUUUAAGAGGAAGUGGCAACAAUUUUUCCUGAAGGGAAACACGGCCUUAUAACAGACUCAAGGCGGCUUGUGAAGAAAGCGCAGAGAGGGAAGAGACGCUGGCCCCUCGCACUGACUUUAGCUUGCUUUUCCGUAUCUGCUCAGUGGUGGUUUGACAUUUUCAAUUACUAUGGAGGUCGAUUUUUUUCCUUAAGUA